AUGGCUUAAUAGACUCUUAAAUAAUACAAAGCUAACUAAGAUUAAUAAUCUAUUACAAAUUAAUAACAUAGAACAUGCUCAAUUAAUUAGUCUUCAAUUGUAGAAAAUGAUUCAUUAUCCUCAAAAAAGAAAAAAGUCUAUGAGAGAAUUAUGAGUUCUUAAACUAAUCGAGAUAAAUAAUCAGAAGUCUCCUAAUAUUAUGAUCAUCUAGGAGGUAGAAAUUCAAUUUUAUCAAACUUAGGCAAAUGUCUAUGUUCAUUAUGUAACUGCGGAAAACAUAAAUGUAAUAGCAAAAAUUGCAUCAACAAGCCUUAAUUGCAUGGAAAUUACACAAUAUAUCAAAAAGAAUUCGUAAAAAAGACUCCAGAAAAUGGAUCAAGAUACAACCAAACUAUAUUUUCAUAACCAAAACCUUAAGGUGAUUUAGGAAAUGUGACUACAUACAAACAUGACUUCCCAGGAUAUAAUAACAAAGUGGAAUUCUAGAAAAACACUUCUAAACCUACUGUUAGUGGUGUUCCUUUUUCUGGAAUUUCAACUUAUAAUAAUAUGUAUUUAAAUUGGGGAAUGGGUGAUACACCUCAAUUAUUGCCAUAAAACAAUCCUACUGUUAUUAAAGAAAUGCCAUUUAUGGGAAGGAGCAUUUAUAAAGACAGUUAUUAGGGAGCUCAAACAUUACCAGCACAAACCUGUAAAAACAUGAACAAAGCUUUAAAAUCACCUUUAUCGCCUCCUGAUUUGAAAUUUAAUGCAGAAUCUAUUGCGAAAUCAUCAUACAAGCCAUUUAAACCAGAAAAAACUUAAAGUUCCAAAGGCAAAUAAGAUCCAAAUUUAAAUCCCUCCUAUAAUGGCUAGUACAAUAGUGAAUAUCACAAAGAGUUUGAUUCAAAACAUUUGAAUCAAUGUCCUGCUAAAGAAGUAUUAGAAGAGGUUGCUCGUAACACUUAAUUUUGA